AUGGAAGAUAAGGUGGCCGGUUUAGUACUUCUUGGAUUCGGUGUCUGGAUAAAGGUGCACGGUGAUGCUAUCAUGCAAAUUCUGGGAUCAAGUGCAGGACAUAUGCUGAAUGUCAGCUACUUCUGUAUUAUAGGAGGCUGCUUCCUCACUCUACUCGGCUUCUUUGGCUGCUGUGGCACCAUUAAGGAGAGCAAGGUACUUUUAAUGAUGUACUUCAUAGCUGUAUCAAUGAUUUUUAUUGGAGAAAUAAUAUGUGCAAUUGUUAUUUUGAUCUUUAAAUCAAUUUUCCAUUGCUGUGGGUUAAACAAUUACACAGAUUUUGAAGGAUCAUACUAUCAAAUAGAAAAGGGACGUCUGUACCCUAAGAGUUGCUGCCGAAACCCAUUUUCUGCAGACUGCGAUGGGUUGUCCACCUCAAAUGAUGUCAUUUAUACAGAGCUGGCUCAGAUCCCACUGCAAGCUUGA